AUGCACCCCAUCUACAGGUGCAGCGAGGAGCGCGUGGAGGUCUUCACCACCGUCCUGCCCCGCCGCGUGUCCAGUCCGGCCAGGAGAAGAGUCAAAAGCUCUCAACACCUCCUAACCAAGAAUGUGGUGACUGAGUCCGACCUGUCCACGCCGCGCGCCCUGGAGCUGCUGCCCUGCCGCGGUGACCGGGGUGACCGGGGUGACCGGGGUGACCGGCCGGGGGAGGCCGGGGACAGCCACAGACUCGGCCGGCUCCAGACGGCAAGGCCACCGGGCGCCCCGUCCAGCAAAGCCCCUGCGCAGCCCGGGGGGAGUGCUGAGCUCAGAGCCUCACAUCUGUGUGGGAAUCGGGCAUAUGGGAAAUCAUUGAUCCCUCCCGUGGCCCGCAUCUCGGUGAAGGCGCCCGCGGGGCUGGAGGCCGCGGGCUCGGAGCGCGGCGCGGCGCCGGGGAGAGGAUCUCGACACCGCAAGAAGAUGGCAGAAGAGUACCCGGCCCUUCCCCAGGGGGCAGAGGCCUCGCUGCCCCUGACAGGCCGCGCCUCCUGCGGCGUCCCCGGCAUCCUCAGGAAAAUGUGGAGCAGGCACAAGAAGAAGUCUGAAUACGUGGGAGCCACCAACAGCGCCUUUGAGGCUGACUAA